ACUGAUUUGACAUGUACAACACACACCGGUUGUAGUUCAAGCCUCAAAAUGUCUUCUAUUUUAAUGAAAACAGUGCGAUUGGUGCCGUUGAGAGUCGUCUCGCCAUACUUCAGGAACAUAACUGUACGUCAUCUUGAAGUAGGUCCGAAGGGAACGUACAUCAGUAAGAAAAUACCUACAUAUGUGAAGCUAGAAGGUGGAAAGAAGUACUUCUGGUGUAAAUGUGGUCUCAGUAAGAAGCAGCCGUUCUGCGAUGGAGCACACAAACCAACCGAAUUCAAACCUGUCCCAAUUAAAUUGGACAAGACCAAGUACGUUCUUCUCUGUCAGUGCAAGCAAACAAGCAACCAGCCCAUGUGUGACAUGACCCACGUCAGCGUUAUGAUGACGUCAUUCGGAAAGAAGAUCGGUCUCGUUAAGAAAUAAGCAAUCCCAGGAAUUUUCAAGACAGCCUUUACCUCUAAAAGCUUAUUUAGGGACUCUGUGGUUUUUCUUUUCACCUUUUUAUGAAUCGUGGCCAAAAAGUUUGGACUUUGAUUUCUGUAAUUAGAUCUUUAUAGACUUUCUACUGUUGUUAAACAAACCGUGCUGGUUGGCAUGGACGGUCAAAUGUUAGCAAAACGUUCAAUUGUGUUAGCAGGGUCGUACCAAUUCAACUUUUUACGCAAACUUUCAAUUAAAUAAAUGAUCAACAAUGAUUGGUUGCUUUGUUUCCAACAAAUUCCAACAAAUUGUUUCUCAUUGUUCCAAACUGUGGCAAUUUUUUUUUGCUUUGCAUUUAUGGCUUUCCAUAGUUGUUCAACCUCAUAUCAUAAUCAGUUCAUCUUCCCAAAGAUAUGCACAAUGGUUUAAAUCUUGUGACAACUCAAAUUAUUGUAUAAAAUUAACGAAACAAAAUUGAAGGUCCAUUCAAAUAAUGUGAUAUGAUCUUUAUGAAAUGAAACGAAAUUCGAUUAAGGUUUUCUCAGUCAUGCUUGGAAAAAGUCCAGUAUUCAGCAUGGGACGAAGAGAUACUAUAAAAGUAAAGUAGUUAUUUAUAAACAUUUUAUAGAAAUGAUUUUGUUUUCAUAGAUAUAUAUGAAGCAUUUAAGUAGUGUUCACCAGUUUUAACCAUUUUGUAAAUCAUGCGAGUACAAAAAUGUAACCACAAAAUUUCCAUAGAUUAGUUUUAUGGUAUAAUAUUAGGCCUGAUACUCCACGGAGGCAGCAUGGUCAUUGCCUUGGUGCCUUUGAAAUGCUCCAGUAGAAUUUUACAAUUCCUCAUAAGUUGCCCUUUACCAAGGUGAAAAUGCCUUGGUGCCCUUGCCUUUUCAAAAACGAAGCAGGCCUGUAAUAUCUAAUAUAGGAUUGAAACUAUCAGUUGGUUCCAAUUACCAAACAGAUACAUGUGCAAUCCCUUUAAACAACCAUUCAUUUCUCUAUGGUCAUCACCGUACGCCCAGACCUCUUUCAGAAAAAAAAAAUGUGGGUAAAAAUUUCUCAAAAUAAUUAUACAAAACAUAAAUCUGGUUUUCAAUUCAGAUAAUUGACCUUUACAUUGACCUUUUUGGUUGAUUGGAAGUAGGUCAGAUACUUCGACAGCUAAUGUCAUUUUUGUACAAGCCAUUUACUGGCCGCUGUGGUCUCUUAUACUGGAGGGCAACGAGUAUAAGGAUAAACCUUAAAUGAAUAGUCUGUAUUUGUGGCGGUCUCCCUAUUAUUAUGUUUUAAAGCACUAUGCAAGUUUUCUAAGCAGUAAUAGUCUGGCUUUUCAAAGACCAACUCGACUGAUUCAAGGCAACGUGUUCCUUUAAAAGCUUUCUGAAAUUGUGAAGGUUUACUGUUUGUGACAAGUUUCCUGCUUAUAAAUUUGUUCUUCAAUAUUUUCCGCUUAAAACAGGACAGGCUGAUGAGAUAGUGUCGGAAUUCAAACAACAAUUAAAUUUUUAUUUGUUUUUUUAUCAUUAGCAGAUUUUUCUUCAUUAAAUACUUUUUUUAUGAAGCUUAUAAAUUUCUCCAAUCUAUAAAAUAAAAAGUACUCAUAUUUUUGUGUCAAAAUGGCAAAAUAAAAGCAUUCUUAAGCAGCUCUAAGAAACUUGGUCCCAGCUGGUCGGCAGUACACUUGUUUUAAUAAUCAGAAUCAUUCACAAGGUUUGUAGUUUGAAAAUAGUAACUUGUUUAUUAUUUUACAAAACUUAUUCUUUCGAUUGUAAACAUCUACACCCUGCGUUCACAAUAUACGGUAAACAAAUUGUGUAAUUUCUAUCCGAAAGCUUGCUUUUAAUAAAGAUGGUAGUGGUAGUAA